AUGUCCACGGACACUUCUUCUCGAGGUGUCAAGAAGGACAAACAUGCGGCCCGCAAGGAGUCCGAUGCCAUGUUCCAAGAAAUGGAUGCCGACCAGAGCAGUAGUGCUUCGCAAGAAGAAAUUGCCAAGUUUGUGGCGUCCAACUCCCAGCUGUGGUCCGAGCUCAGCAGAAAAGUCAUGCAGCCACCGGAAGUUGUAAUUCAGGUUGCCACUCGAGUGGCCAUGGAGUUGACAAGUGGAAAAGAAGGACAAGCAGCUCUGGAUGCAGAGCUCACUCCAGAGCAGUUUCAUCAAUUUAGAAAGAAAUAUAUUCUGGAUUCCACAGGAUCAGAGGAGUUCUAUCAACGAGCUGUGUUGCCAACUAUGAUAAAGACAGCAGUGGGGAAUUGGAUGCAAAGGAACUGGACCAGUUUCUUGAUACCAUCUAUGAGUCAAGAAGUGUUGUGA